GUGGAACCUGGAUCUAUCGCCUGGCCGGGGAAGCGGAUUUGGUUUUGUCCCUUUCAAUGGAGAGUGACUGUACGGAUCAAUAAUGAGGACUAGCCCUCGAAGGCCCUUAAUUCUCAAAAGACGGAAACUAACCCUCCCACAGAAUGAUGCAUCCAGUACUUCAGCAGGAGAUGAAAACAAUGGUCAGGAGCACAGCCAGGAUGACCAACACAACAGCCAACCCAGAGACAAAACCAACUGUGGCCUGCAGAAAUUCCCAGCAGGAAUAAAGAUAAUUGACCACCCUACUAUGCCCAACACACAAGUGGUGGCCAUCCCUGCAAAUGCUGAUAUCCAGAGCAUCAUAGAGGCACUGACAGUAAAAGGAAAAGAAUGUGGUAACAAUGGACCUAACAAGUUCAUUCUCAUUAGCAGUGGGGGCAUGUCCUGCUCAUCAUUGCAGCACCUCCCAUUGGAGACGAAACCCAGUGCAGCAACCAAGGCUGCAAAUGGUCAAGAGAGAGAGAAGAAUGUUAAAAAGAUACCUAGCCUUGCAGGAGGAACAGUGCUCUGGCAUUCAGGAAUUGAUUCUGUGCUUGGACAAGAACAGAACAACAGCAGUGGCGAAACAACAAACUCCAUGUUGGAUGAUAGUCUAACUAACAUCCAGUGGCUGGGGAAGAUGAGCUCCCAUGGGCUAAGUCCCUCUUCUGUGAAGCAAGGUAUGGAGAAAGAGAACCAGAUGCCUCUGCGGGAAAGAAUCAAGACUGAAGACGAUUAUGCUGCUGCUGCUGCUUCUACUUCUACUGCUGCCACCUCCUCCUCAUGGCAGGAUUCAAUAUCUGAACGACCUCCCUACUCCUACAUGGCCAUGAUCCAGUUCGCUAUCAACAGCACUGACAAGAAGCGUAUGACUCUGAAGGACAUCUAUACCUGGAUUGAGAACCAUUUUCCAUAUUUCAAACAUGUGGCAAAGCCAGGCUGGAAGAACUCUAUCCGACACAACUUAUCCCUUCAUGAUAUGUUUGUCCGUGAGACAUCUGCUAAUGGUAAAAUUUCAUUCUGGACUAUUCACCCUGAUGCAAACCGUUGCCUGACAUUGGACCAGGUAUUUAAGGUUAUAAAUUUUCUUGACAGACAAUCCCUGUAUUUAAAAGAAAAGGUGCUGUGGCUGUACCUAUGACUGGAGCUUCUGUAGGAUGGAUUUGUUCUUCAGCCACUGGACUUGGGGUCACCAGCAUCACCUGAGCAUUCCGAAUCGCAUGAAAAAAGACACCUUCCAGGUCCCCAGAAGAACAUGACAAGCAAUGGCACCAGCAAAAUUGAACCCCAGAAUGCUCGACGAAAAAUGAAGCCUUUGCUUCCUCGCAUCAACUCCUACCUGGUGCCAAUCCAGUUUCCUUUGAGUCAGCCCCUUGUCUUGCAGCCUUCUGUGAAGGUUCCUCUAUCUGCAGCACAGGAAGCAUCCCUCAGCAGCUCAGAAACGUUCCAGAGUAACAAGCGUGUGCGCAUUGCUCCAAAGAUGUCACUCUCUACAGAAGAGUCAUUCUCAUUACCUGUGGCUGCUGUCAAGGAGGAGAGUCCAUGUGGUGAAGGUUUAUUUUCCCCAACUCAUUCUCUAAAGGAUAACAGCUCCCAGUCUGUUGAGCCUUCUUUCCCUGAGGGUGCCUAUAUAAAGGAGGAAGAAGGCUCUCAACUGGAUGACUGGCUCUUGCCAUUUGCCUCAACCCUAAUGGUAAAGGAAGAGCCAGGCUUCUUGCUCCCAGUCUCCUCUACAAAGGAGAAGAAACAAUUCACCAUACCAAAGUCACCAUCUAAGGGUGUUUCUGAUACAUUAGUUAUAAAGAGGCGGGAGAUGGGCAGAUCCAGAAGGAAACAACACCUAGCACUGCCUAGCUUAGAAGAGCCUGUCCUUAUUCUGCAAGAAAGUAAUGGUUUUGACCUGCAGGAAGGCCAGUCCCCUGAGAAUGUGUCACAGCUCAGCUUCUCACGGAGGGAAGAGGGGCCCUUUAAAACACCAGUCAAAGAGAUGUUCAGCAAAUUGCCAGUUUCUUCCACUCCCAGCAAAGUCUCAAUAACUACUACCCCACCACUGGGGGCCCAUGACCCCUGGAAGCCUGCAUCCUCAGCCAAGGGAAGUCAUGUCCUGGACUUCAGUCCAGUAAGAACUCUUCAGUUGCCAUUCACGUCCCUCCAGGAGAACCAAGACCUGCUGGAUUUUACCACCACACCCCUUUUUGAGUCUCCUCGGGAACUGCUCUGUACAGAAUCCAGUGACAUGGAGCAUGCCCCCUUCACCAGCUCUCCAGCUCUUAUUCAUGAGUCUGCUAAGCAAUCAUCUGUUGAACUGCCAGCCUCUGGCUUUACUGAAAACCGAUCGCUCCUGGAGGGUCUUAUUCUGGACACUAUGAAUGACAGUCUGAGCAAAAUCCUUCUAGAUAUCAGCUUUCCUGGCCUUGAGGAUGAAAACUUGGGGACAGAUAUUAGUUGGUCUCAGCUCAUAACGGAACUGAAGUAAGAUAGCCUGAGGACUGAAUUUGACUUUUGAUACUACAGAAAGCACUCUACUCUUCUGAGGUCUGAUCAUGGAGUCUAAGAAUGUCUGCUUUUCACUUCAUUCCCACAUCUAUGGGAAGAGAGGGCAUUAUUGACUCCUGCUAAGCUGGGAGAAAGGCCCAUUGGCUGCUGCUAUGGGCUCCCUUUAUAAGUUGCAAUAGGCUUUAUGUGGAAUAAGAUAGAACCUCUCUAACCUUGUGCUAGAGACAAGAGUCCCUGGGGAAAGGUUAUCAGGUGAACAUCUAAGUAGGCCCUGAAUACCAUUUGCUACUUACAGCAUCAGAGGAAAUGAAUGCACUCCUCAACUAUGUACAAUAGCAAAGAGCCUGGGAACCUCCCCCUAGCUCUGUUUUUCCUUUACUUUCUUCUCCUGUUACUUGGUAUCUUCUGCGUAGAUUUAAUGGCUGUAUAUACUGUACAUUCCUUAAAUUAGCCUUUAAUUAUAAUAACUUUAUUCUUGUAGGGUUGUGGGAAUAUUUCAGCUGCUAAGGGGUUCCACAAGUCCUGUCUACCCUAGACAAAAUCCCUUUAUAACACAAAUACUGCUGUUUCAUCUUAGACUUAGCAACACAUUGAUCUAGGCUGUUCUGAAGGUCACU